GGAACCUCAGAUGCAUAGUGACCCCUUGCUGUGGCCAGGCUUAUAUAAAAUAAUGUAGGUGGUAUUGACAUCAACGUGGGCUGUCCAAAAGAAUAUUCCACCAAGAUGAAACAGAGGAGGAAUGAUUGUGAAUAGUGUCUCUCUGUGCUACCACAACAAACUCAUCUUAGCCCCUAUGGUUCGGGUCGGCACUCUCCCAAUGCGGCUGCUGGCCCUGGAUUAUGGAGCUGACAUUGUUUACUGUGAGGAGCUGAUUGACCUCAAGAUGCUUCAGUGCAAGAGAGUUGUCAAUGAGGUGCUCAAAACAGUGGAUUUUGUCGCCCCUGAUGAUCGAGUCAUCUUCCGCACCUGUGAAAGAGAACAGAGCAGGGUGGUCUUCCAGAUGGGAACCUCAGAUGCAGAGCGAGCACUUGCUGUGGCCAAGCUUGUAGAAAAUGAUGUAGCUGGUAUUGACGUCAACAUGGGCUGUCCAAAAGAAUAUUCUACCAAGGGAGGAAUGGGAGCUGCUUUGCUGUCAGAUCCUGACAAGAUUGAGAAGAUCCUCAGCACCCUUGUUAAAGGGACUCGAAGACCUGUGACCUGCAAGAUCCGUAUUCUGCCUUCACUAGAAGAUACGUUGAGCCUUGUGAAACGAAUAGAAAGGACUGGCAUUGCUGCCAUCACAGUUCAUGGGAGGAAGCGGGAGGAGCGACCUCAGCACCCUGUCAGCUGUGAAGUCAUCAAAGCCAUUGCUGAAACCCUCUCCAUUCCUGUCAUAGCCAAUGGAGGAUCUCAUGAACACAUCCAGCAGCAUUUGGACAUAGAGGAAUUUCGACAAGCCACAGCUGCCUCUUCAGUGAUGGUAGCCCGAGCGGCCAUGUGGAACCCAUCCAUCUUCCUCAAAGAGGGUCUGCGGCCCCUGGAGGAGGUCAUGCAGAAGUACAUAAGAUAUGCGGUGCAGUAUGACAACCACUACACCAAUACCAAGUACUGCUUGUGCCAGAUGCUGCGGGAACAGUUGGAGUCACCCCAGGGAAGGUUGCUCCAUGCUGCCCAGUCUUCUCAGGAAAUUUGUGAUGCCUUUGGCCUUGGUGCCUUCUAUGAGGAGACUACUCAGAAGAUGGAUGCCCGGAGGGCUGAGCUCUUGGCCAAGACUGCAGAGAAGGUGGGAGAACCAGUUGAAGAUACCUCUGGUGUCAUUAAAAUGGCUGUCAAGUUUGAUAGGAGAGCCUAUGCACCCCAGAUCACCCCCAAGAUGUGCCUGCUGGAGUGGUGCCGGAGAGAGAAGUUGGCACAGCCUGUGUAUGAGACGGUUCAACGACCCCUAGAUCGCAUGUUUUGCUCUGUUGUCACCGUUGCAGAGCAAAAGUACCAGUCCACCUUGUGGGACAAGUCCAAGAAAUUGGCGGAACAGACUGCAGCCAUCGUCUGUCUGCGGAGCCAGGGCCUCCCUGAGGGUCGGCUUGGUGAGGAGAGCCUUUCAUUGUACAAACGCAAGCGGGAGGCUCUUGACCAAGACUCUGAAGGCCCCAGAACUCAGGAGCCAGCCCUGCCUAGGGAGCUAUGCAAGAAGCCCUUUGUGACAUUGGGAAGUGGUGAAAAGAGAACCCUGGAAGGUUGGUGACUACUGUCCCUGCCACGGUAACCCUCUCCAUGGGCGUGGCACUGAGGUGGCCUUGAUACUGGAGCAUGAACCAAAUGCUACUUGGUCAGUUUGCUGGCCCUGCCUGGCAAGAGUGUAGGAGGUCCAGGACUAGGUCAUCAGUCUGGAACACAGGCCAAGGAGUGCCCAGGUGUGUAUCACAUUUCUUCUGACUGGCAGGGCCAAGUUCCUAGUGAUUUGAGUAUUGUCUUUGAAAACAGGAGCUUUUCAGGUGGUUUAUCUCUAAUUUGACAUUGGUACAGUGCAAUAAAGACACCUUCCCCUGUUACCCAUGGCUGACUGCUUCAGCCCUGGGCAUCUUCACACAUAGACUUGUGUCCUAGCAUGAUUAGCUUCCAAAGCAUGUCCCCUGCACAUCCUUAUGGGUAUGAUGGAGCUGGGGGAUGGGCUAUCAACUUUCAGGCCCACCAGACUUCGGUUGACCUAAAAAGGUCCAAGAGAACCAUUCUAACAUAGGAAACAUGAGGUGUUAGGCUUUACUUGACUUUCCUUAGAAAGAAAAAGUAAAUUCUUACUAAAAAAAAAAAAAAAAAAAAAAAAAAAAAGGUAAAUUCAAUAGAAUUUGGAAAAGGACUAGGGUGUCUGCUGCCCCAUUAAGUGACCAGCCCAGUGGGGUGGGGAGUGUUGAUCUGAUUCUUCAGUCUUUAAGCCUGAAAGGUGAUUAGAGCUCAGACCUGGUGAAAUACUUGCUUUGUAUAGUGGGCACUGGAAGCUGUGGGUGACAGCAGUUUGGCUAUUGCAUUCACAGGUCACACCCACUCUUCCCCCGCCCCAACCAACUUGGGGCGGAAGGAAGUGGCAGAUUCACUUUAUUUCCUCUUGGCAGUGAGAAGCAAACAAUCAGCCACUACCUCCUCAUCUCUUGGGGCCUCCCCCACUUACUGGGAGGGGCAUUCUGACCAAAGGUCUCUGCCCAGCUCCGCCCCCAUUUCCUCUGCUGUAAACAUGCUGUGUGUCCUCCCCUUUUCUAGGCACUAUGAGGGGAGGAUUCCCCUCUGGGCCAAGGCUAUCUUCCCUACAUCUCCCUUGGAUCAACUGAAUGGCUCUGUGGCAACCUAACCUAGGGUCUGGCCCCCUUUCUAGCCAGUAGCCCUUGUCUCCAUGGGUCUCUGAGUCAAGGGUUUGGUGGGUGAGGCUUUGUCCUAGUGCCAGUGCUGCUCUUCCCUGUCAUCCACACUUGCUUUUUUGUGUUGAGAUAAGAAUACUCAAUCCCAGCUGCCUCCCAGAGCCUUGGAACUGUGCAGACAGAAUAGCCCCAGUGGAGCGCCCCCUCUGUCACUGGGGAGGCAUUGAUCUUUUCUCCUGUCAGUGUGGUUUUCCUGGGGAUGUCUCCUUCCCUGUCAGGGUUAGGUUCAUUGCUGGGCCAUGGGGAAGGACAGGCAGGGAUAGAGUUCUAUUAAGAUAGAGGCUGGAGUUUGGAGCCUCUGAGGGCAUAGGGGAGAGGCUCAUUCACUAGAGUCAGGUAGGGAGGGGCUGGUUACUUUAUGUCUGGUGACUGAGGACGUUUGGCAUAGGUCCUAGUUGAGGGACUGGGGUGCUGGGGCUCAAUGGUAACGCACUUGCCUGACACGUGUGAGGCACUGGGUUCGAUUCUUGGCACCACAUAUAAAUAAAUAAAGAUCUAUCAACAACUAAAAAAAAUUAAAAAAAAAAAAAGGUCCUGGUUGAAUAUGUUGGUCCUCAAAUGGUCUCACUUUAUUGCACCUCAGUGGUAACCUGCCCAAAGCCUGGGACUGAAAGCCUUAGAUAAGCCUAAAGACUUUACCCACCAUUAGUGACCAUGCCUACCUUAAAUUAGGCCACUUAAAACCCCCAGACCCCUUUCUGGGCUAGUAGCUAUAACACUUAUAUAUCCAUUUACCCACUUUUGAGGCCUUUCCCUUAACUCAUCAUAUUUUAGGGACAAAAGGUUGUGUUUUUUUCCUAAUAUUUAUUAGUUAUUGAUGGACCUUUAUUCACUUAUUUGUUUAUAUGUGGUGGUGAGAUUCUAACCCAGUGCCCCACACAUACUAGGCAAGUGCUCUACCAUUGAGCCACAACCCCAGCCGACUAAAGGUUUUGAUAUGAGCACAAGAGGGAGAGGUGAGUAAGAUUGGAGAAGGUGGCAGGAUUUUCAAUGGUAUCCAAUGGUAAAGAAGACUGGAUUUGUGCAAAGGUGAAGGGGAAAUCUCUUAGAUCUACAGUUCCUUACCUUAGGGCCUCCCUGGAUAUCUUGCAACUGCCCUCUGGACUGAGACCAAACCCCUCUGCCUAGUGAGGACAAAGUGCUGACCUAUCUUCUCAGCAUUCUCAGCACCCUGUGCUGACUCCAGCAGCUAACUUUCUGAGGGUGUAGUUGGCUGGUCUUAUCCUUUCCACCCUGAUUUGGGAGCUGCACAAGGGCAGUCCUUAUGUCCUUUAUGGCCAGUGUUGGCCUGAAGGUUGGGGAGCAAGACUAAACCAAGACUUCAGAUGAGAGAUUCAUGGCAUGUAGAGGAGGAACUUGUUUAAAUUGAGUUUCCGCCAAGCCUCCUGUUUUCCCCUGGAGUGAAAUAAGGGGCUGGGUUGGGCUAAACUAUACCUUCCUAUGGCUUUGAGGACACAGAACCUUCAACAGUGGGACCUCAGGACCAGGCCUGUGGCAGCUGGUAAAAGAAAUAUCUUUAUUUGAUAUUCAGGCCUGGCUGGGAUUCACACAUGAGGGAGAAGGGUGUUCCUGCAUUCUACUUCCCUGGCUCCUGGGCUUUCAUUUCAUAGUGCUCUUAGGUAAGGAGUGGAUCAGAUGACCUGCAGGGCCUUUGGAACUUGUCUUAUAAAGAGAUAAUGAGGGGAGAUCUUGGCCCUUGCUGGGAAAGAGGGUGGAAACAGUAUGCAUUUUUGGGUGUGUGUUUAUAGGUCCCUUCAUAACCUGCAGCAUCCUGGCCAUUGUUACUUUUUUUUUUUUUAAACAAAACCAAUUGCUCCCUGCAGUUGGUGGCCACUCCUGCCCUAGACCUCAUCACUCCUUGUUAAAUUCUCAGUUUAUUACAGACCAGAAGUCUGCCCCACAACAUGACCCAUUCUAAGUGUUCUCCAGAUGCUGUCCUUGCAUUGCUGAGCAUUUAAUAAAUGGGCAAAUUUUUCAAGCCA